GAAACAGGAUCUGGACAGCUGCUUAACAUGGGGGUCAAACGACAUGGAUCGAUCACAAUAACCCCUAGAUCACACAGGUUGCAAUGGGCAGCAGAGGAGAGUGGACCAAUACUCUGCCAAACUCAUCUGAUGCAAUAACUAGAACCUCCGUCUUACUGUCGUUGAGUUGUGAGCAGUGGCCUGCUGCCUAAAAAUGGGGUUACACAUUGACACAUGGGUCAAUAACAAAUACAAAUAAUAAUUAAUACUACAGAGUUUAUUGUGAUUAUGUUCAUGUUAUGGGCCAAGUUGCAGUCUGAACAUAUGGGGUUUCAGUCUGCAACAGUGACAUCAUUAAUAGUAGUCACUUUACUAAUAAUUAAUUGAUUUACAUAUUGAUGCAUGUAUUUAUUAUUUCACUAUAUUGAUCCCUCUGUCAAAAUAUGUGGACCUGAAGAGUUCGUAACUCUGUAAAAUAUUUUAACAUAAUCUAAUAAGCAUUAAGAAUCAGAAUGACUAACAAGGAAGGGGUGUUUUUUAUUAAUUUAUUUUGAAACAUGUCAUUCACAGAUCACAGUAGCCGGUAAACUAGCACAGCUUGGUGUUUAGGAUGUUUCAAGGAAGUCCCUGAAGGCAGCAUGGGUGCACCUGAACCCAUCUGUUGACAGUGCGCGAGGCAUCCUCAGCUACAAGUGAAUGGCGGUCAGCAGGGUUGUGUUUCCCGCUCUGUGAAACAGUUAUCAAACGGAGACUCGUGGAUUUCGGUAAUAGUAUCGGUGAAGUGUUUAUCCAUGCGGAGACUCCCGGGGCUGGUUCAUUAACGUCAAGCUAACCACGAGUUUGACUGCCGUUAACGUGACCCCUGCUGGUGGUGGAUUACAGUGGUUGUACAUCAAAUGUAACGUUAAUGCUGGACACUUUACGAGAAGACACGGUUUGCAAGGGCUGGGUAACAGACAUGCACCCACCAGCUCGACAGGACUACACAUCUGUAAGCGUCGCUGGACAAGGAGGUGGAAGUUACAACAACAGCAAGCAGUGGAGGAGGCAGUCCUGCUGGAGGAGAUGGAAGCAGCUGUCCAGGCUGCAGCGGAGCCUCAUCCUCGUCGUCCUGUUUGUCUGUGGCAUUGCUUCUUAUCCUGCUGUGACUGAGCACCUCAGAGGACUUUCAGAUGGAGUCCAGGACCGUGACAGCCUCCUGAUGCCAGUUACCCCUCUUGUGCUGCCUGAGCCUGUCCAACAGGGCCAACCACCACUGCCACAACCAACCUCCCAGAGGAAAUUAUCCCAUAAGAGAGGACCGCCCAUUCUUCAGAAUCGUCUUCAGAAGAAGGGAAACGCUUCAGACUCAGUGGUCGAGGACAAGGCAGCCGACAGCAAGAAAGAAGAGGAGGAGGAGGGAGCCAUCAGCUGGCGUGGGGUAGUGAUCGACACGGACAAGGCCACAGAAGGCACCAGGGAUGAAAGGAAGGAGAAUUCACUGGGGAACCAAAGAGGAAAACCAUCAAACAAGUCUGAAGCGGACUUGCUGGAGGCGGUGCAGGAAGCGUUCCUCCAUUCAUGGAAGGGUUAUAAAGACUUUGCGUGGGGCCACGAUGAGCUCAGGCCUCUCUCUAAGUCCUACAGUGAGUGGUUCGGCCUGGGUCUGACGCUGAUCGAUGCCCUGGACACCAUGUGGAUCCUGGGGCUUAAAAAAGAAUUUGAAGAAGCAAAGUCAUGGGUGGCCACAGAGCUCACAUUUAACAAGAAUGUCGACGUCAACCUAUUCGAAAGCACCAUCCGCAUCCUGGGAGGCCUCCUGAGUACCUACCAUCUGACCGGAGACACCCUGUUCCUAGACAAAGCUAAGGACAUCGGCUCCAGGCUGAUGCCAGCCUUCAAUACUCCAUCCAAGAUCCCCUACUCUGAUGUGAACAUCGGGAAAGGUACGGCCCACCCUCCUCGCUGGACCUCAGAUAGCACCGUGGCCGAGGUAACGAGCAUCCAGCUGGAGUUCAGAGAGCUCAGCCGCCUCACCCAGGAACCACAGUACCAGGCUGCGGUUGCUGAGGUUAUGAACCAGGUCCACAAGAUGGACGGCAAGCUGGAUGGUCUUGUGCCCAUGUUCAUCAACACCAACAACGGACAGUUCACCCAUCAAGGCAUCUACACAAUGGGAGCCAGAGCAGACAGCUACUAUGAAUACCUGCUGAAGCAGUGGAUCCAGGGAGGCAAGACAGAGAACCAACUCUUGGAGGACUACCUUCAGGCAAUAGAGGGUGUAAAGAAGAACCUGUUGCAGAAGUCUUCACCUAAUGGCCUCACCUUUGUUGGAGAGAUCUCACAUGGACAGUUCAGCCCUAAAAUGGACCAUCUGGUGUGUUUUCUGCCGGGCACUCUGGCUCUCGGCGCCCACAACGGCCUGCCUGCUGAUCACAUGGAUCUAGCCAAAGAGCUGAUGGAGACCUGCUACCAGAUGUACAUCCAGAUGGAGACGGGCCUCAGUCCAGAGAUCGUCCACUUCAACAUGCAUGAGGGCAGCACCCGAGACAUCGACGUAAAGCUCGCAGACAGACACAACCUCCUACGACCGGAGACAGUGGAGAGUCUCUUCUACCUGUACAGGUUCACCAGGGACCACAAGUACCAGGACUGGGGCUGGGAGAUUCUCCAGAGCUUCAACAAGUACACCAAGGUCUCCUCUGGUGGCUACACCUCCAUUAAUAAUGUCCGUGACCCGGACUACCCGAGCCCCCGAGACAAGAUGGAGAGCUUCUUCCUGGGAGAGACCCUGAAAUAUCUGUACCUGCUCUUCUCUGACGAUCCCGACCUCAUCAGCCUGGACCAGUACGUCUUCAACACGGAGGCUCAUCCUCUGCCUAUAUGGCCCUCUGCUGCAUGACACACGUACGCACAGGGAUCCAAAUGGCAGAUAACAGUACACGUACAAUCACAGCAAACAUCUCAGGGUUGGUCUAACACAGAGAUAACUCUUCUGUCUCUGUGACUGGAAGCUGUUAAAACAACACCCCUGAAAGCAGACCCCAGCUGGAAGAAGCCUCAGUUUUACUGAUCCACUCAAGAUGAACGACGAGAGCCCGGUUCACUUUGUGGCUUUGUUUGUUGUUGUUCAUUUGACUGCUUGUUCUGGAUGCUUGGACUCUGGAAGAGAGGCAGAGGAAUCAAAGAACAACCUGAUUGUGACUUGAAUCAAAAUGUCUUAAUCUCGUGAUGAGGAGAGGUUUGCCAGUGGAUGAUCUAAGAGCUCCUGAUUUAGGCUCCAGCUGUGCACAUUCAUUCCCAGCCGUUGUAGAACAAAGCCAACAUGUGGAGGCACAGCAGGCCUUUGUAGCAACCCGUUCCCGGGGAGCCUGCUGCCCAGCUGACACCUUCUGUUCAUGGCUGUGUCGAACACACCUUCAGUGCUCUGGCUACAACCAUUCUUUAGACAUGAAGCAGAGCCUCCUGACGGGGCUUCAGCUGCCCUAAGCCAUGUUCCUACCGUCUCAUGCUGCAUUCAUGACAUCCAGGAAAUGUGAACUCCCUCCAUAGAAAACCCCCCUCAGCCUCUUCAGGUCAAGUA